ACGGCAGCACCAGAGUCCAUCCACCCAGAUCAUCCUUCCCUACAAAUACGUGCCCGCCCACCCACCUGGCACUGGCAAACCACGCCGCGCACAAAACCCCACGAGAACCCUCCACCACGACGCGACGCGACGCCGCCAUGGCGAUCCGGAUGAGCAACAACGUGAUCGUCGCGCUGAACGUGGUGACGCUGCUGCUCUCGGUCCCGGUCCUCGCCGGGGGCGUCUGGCUGCGGUCCCGCGCCGACGGCACCGGCUGCGACCACUUCCUCUCCACCCCGACCGUCGCGCUGGGCGCGGCGCUCGCGGCCGUCGCCCUCGCGGGGCUCGCCGGCGCCUGCUGCCGCGCCACCUGGCUCAUCUGGCUCUACCUCCUCGCCACGCUCGCGCUCGUCGCCGCGCUGCUCUGCUUCACCGCCUUCGCCUUCGCCGUCACCGCCAGGGGGGCCGACGGGGGCGGGGGCAACUCCGCCUGGCUGCGCCGCCACGUCGAGGGGACCAGGAGCUGGGCCCGGGUCCGGAGCUGCCUCGCCAAUGCCGGGGUGUGCGAGCGCCUCGAGAAGGACGGCGGCAAGAGCAAGGAGGCGGCGGCGGCCCGGCUCGCUGGCCGCGGCCUGUCGCCGGUCGAGUCCGGGUGCUGCAGGCCGCCGGCGAGCUGCAACUUCACGUACGCGGGGGGCGGGGAGUGGACCAGGCCCGCCGGGAGGGGCCCCGCGGCGCCGGCCGACCCGGACUGCGCCAGGUGGGACAACGACGACGACAAGCUCUGCUACGGGUGCCGGUCGUGCAAGGCCGGCGUGGAGGGCGCGCUCAGGCGGGACUGGAAGCGCGCCGCCGUCGUCAACGCCGUCUUCCUCGCCUUCAUCGUCGUCGUCUGCGGCCUCAGCUGCUGCGCAUUCCGGAACAGCCGCCGGGACAACUUCGCCUACCACAGCGGCCGCGGCGGAUGGCAACGCGCCGGAGACGCAUAAUCGAACUGCUAACCUGUAUUCGUAGGAGAAACACGAGUUGCUGCUGCAGGGUCUCCCUAUGAUCGGUGUUAGUUUAGCUGAGCAUUAUUUGUAGCUUGUACACUUGUACAAUAGCAGUUGGCUGUCUGUAUGAUCAGUGUCUCAGAGGUAGGAUAUGGAUUUAUUAAUUGAAUUUCCUUCUCUUCUCUCUCUCAAAAAAAAUCCUUCUCCGCUUUGUACAUGCAUAUAAUCUGUUUUCCUUAGUAAGUAGACUAGAUU